AUGCAAAGCACUGCCGACUUGACCGACACGUGGUGCUGCGGCGCCACGCCCUUGCUAUUCUCCAUUGUCAACGGCCCAGCGGAAACCCUCGCAAAGCUCGACCGCGACUAUCCGUCGCUGGCAAAAAUGGCGGCCGACGGUGGCGCCUACGACCCGCCGCAGCUCAACCCGGCUCAGACCUUUGUCAGCUGCUGCCUCGGGCUGCCAUGGCCCGAUUCGUGCAAUCUCGGCACGGUGAAUUGGUUCUCGCACCGGUCGCCGCUAUGCGCGCUGUGCCCCGCCGCCGUUUGUCUGGGCUACAUGAAGUGCUGCUUUGGGUUCACCGAGCUGUCGCUGCUGGAGAGCGGAGACGAGGUCUUCAUCGAGAUGCUCCAGCGAGGCGUGGCACCGGAACAGUGCCCGGAGCGGCUAAAGGGCCUCUACUGGAUGCAAGACAACCUCGCCAACGAGGUGCUAGUCACGUUCCAGGACGCCUACUGGCAGCCGGCGACAGCGACGGCGCCAUUUCUCGGCACCAAGGACCUCGGCCUCAACUUCACGCGGGACCCGACCUGCUUUGGAGUGUGGAACGGCCCGCCCUUCUCCCCGAUCACGUGCCCGCCGGUUGGCUGCUGCCCCUGCCUCUGCCUCCCCUGCUGGGCCGUCGCCCCGUGCGGCUCCGCCCGCAGUCUGCCCGGCUGCUGCCUGCGCCGCACGCCAAUGACGAUGGUGUCGUCCCCGGAUCAGCGGUGGAUCGACAUUGGGACAGGCAACUACAUCUUCAUCCCGACUGCGGGUGAGACGCUCGUCGCGCCGGGCGGAGAGCCGGUCGCCUUUGACGCGGCGCAGGACCUCCUUCGCGUCUCGUUCUACCCCGAGCAGGGCCUGUCGAGCAUCAACUACCAGUACCGCGUGCGGAGGGUGGCGCAUCUCUCAGAGAGCGGGGCGCUGGUCAAGACGGAGGCGUGGGAUGAUCUGGUGGCGAAGGUUCGCGCGACGAAUGAGACGCCCGGCUGCCUGGGCGACCGCUGCUACUGUAACCUGCCGCUCGAGCAGCGGCUGCAAAACUCGCUCCUCUACCAAAACGACAGGCAGCGCCGGCCGCGCGCGGACGGCCCCACCGCCCCGGCGCUGGCUCUCACUCUGCGCGAUGCCGCUCUGCCCGCCCUCGGUGCAGAGAUGGAGGCGGCGGAGUUUGAGGGGCUUUGGGCCUCGAUGGACGCGGACGGCAACGGUGAGCUGGACCUCAAGGAGCUGGCGGCCUACUACGGCUUCGACAUGGGCGGAUUCGGCGCUCACGGCAUGAGUGAUGAGCAGAUUUGGGAGAUGCUCAAGCUUCAAGAUGCGCUGGUUGAGGCGCGGCGGGCAGACGAGGUGCAGAAGCAGCCCGCCGAAGCGCCGGCCGCGCCGGCGCCAGCAAGGCGCACGUCUCGCGGGCUCGACGGCGUGAGGCGGCGCGCUCCGCCUCUAGCCGAGAAUAGCCACGCGGUAGCCGAGCUGUGCCACCUCGACAGCGUGAGCGGGCGCAUCGAUGAGCCGUAUAGGCCAGUCACGAUUCUGAGCGAGUCGGAGCGCAAGGCUGCCGGCGUGACGGCCUACAAGAUGCCGGCGUCGGUCGGCCGGGAGGGUCUCGAUGCGCAUGUGCGGCUGCUGGUUGCGAGCGAGCUCGGCGACGCGAGGGCCAUCGACGAGCUCAUCAGCCAGAAUCUGAGCGUCCGGAUUGAGGAUGAAAAGGAAGCCGCCCAAGCCCUAGCUCUCCCCCAAUCUCUGCUCGCCGAGAGCAGCCUAGCAAGGUCGCGCACCACAUGCACCCUCACACACACGCCUCCGGCCGCGCCACACUCUCAGGGCGAGAUGCCGCUGCACAAGCUCGCGCGCGGCGGCAAGGAGAAGCUGCUCCGGGCGGGCAAGACUCCGCUGAUGCUCGCGGCCGAGUUCAACCACCCCGACCUCGUGAAGCUCCUCAUCGAGUACGGUUCCGACGCCUUCGUCGAGAACGCGGCUGGUGGCACGGCGCUGCACUGCGCUGUGGCCCACAAGGCCGAGGACGCCAUUACGACGCUGCUGGAGUGCGUCCGCGCGUCCGAGCGCAAGCGGCUGAUUGAUCACACCGACAAGUGCGGCCGCUCCGUGCUGCACUUGGCGGCCUUCAGCGAGAAUGAAAACAUGACGCAGACGCUCAUCGAGCACGGCGCCUCGUCGGCAUCGGACGCCUAUGGCAACAAGCCGUCGGUGCUGGCGGCGAAGACGGGUCGGCGAAACUCCAAGGACCUGCUCGAGGCGCUGGAGAAGAAGAUUGCGGCAUGA